GUAUCGUAAUCCAUAAUUCAUAGCAAACAUGUUAAUUAUGGAAGCUCUCUUCAUUCUGGCGGUGGUGACGACACUGCACACAUCACCAAUUUGCUUUUUUUUCUGUGACAUCCCGUUAUCUGGUGACAACGUACAAUGGCAAUCGAAUUGUAAAUGUUUCGUGAACGCUCAUGUCAACGUACCUACAAAUUUACAUCAGAAACACAAUUUAUAUAAAUUUUUAUUACGAGGCAACCUAUUAAAAAUCAAAUCAGACGGUCGUCAUGAACACUUUUCUCACGAAUAUGACAAAAGUAAGGUAAAUAUGAAAACGCAUUACAAAAAAAAAAUGUACUCUGCAAUAGAAAACAAUGUUAAGCGUUAUAAACGUAGUAUUGAAUUGUCUCACAAAUUAAAAAAAAAACACAUUGAGGUAAAUACCUCGGAAACAAAAAACAAUUAUGAACGAAAAAUAAUAGGUUAUGUAUCUAUACACGCUUUAAUUCUUGCAACAGUAAGCGGUACAGCUAAAUCACCCAAGAAAACGCUAACAAGUAAACAAGCGAAUACUAGAGAAUUUGAUAAAUACUAUGAAACCAAUGACAUUUUACAUACAGAUAAAUAUGGAAUCAAAAAUACAGGAACGAUGAUGAGCUUGAAAUUCACUAUCGGUUUCGAUAAUAUAAAUGAUUCAACAACUUUUAGUGACACGGGCAAUAUUCUGCCUUCUGAAAGUGUUACACCAAGCCUUAAGGAUAGGAAAAUAAUUUUAACCACGGAUGAAUUAUUAAAAAAUAUCAACGAUGAUAAAAAUAAAUCUGUCGUGCCAACAGAAAAUGUUACGAGAUUAGAAUUAAAAAAAGACUUAACGAAUGUAACAGAAGCUUAUCAUGACAUAUCUUUUCGAAAUAUAAAAAAUAAGAAAAAUAUUGAAAUUAAUGAAGGUAACAGAAAAUUUUAUGAGAAUCUAAAAUAUAUAGAAAAUAAUCAAAAUUAUACCUCGCCAGUAGCUACAAACACCAAAAGAGACAACACGACAGUAAAAAAACUUAAUGAACCAUUAAACUGUACAUCACAUCUAAAAGAUAACACUAAAAAUUGUAUUUUUAAUUCGAACAACACUACAGUAGCUAUACCAAAUAUGAAUAUAACGGAACAAUUUAGGAAUACUAUAAACAAUACUUUACAAAAGAAGUUUAAUAAUGUUUUUAAUACUAGUGACAUUACAUUGACGACAAAAAUCGAAGAUAUUUAUGAUUUUCAUAAUAAUCACCCACAAAUACUUAAUAAAACAGAUUUAAGAAGUAAAAUUAUAGACCCUACAAAUGAAGAGAAUAAACAAUUAAGCACAAACAAUCGUGAAGAAACAUUUUCAGUAGCAAAAAGCUAUAUUACUAAUAUAUCACUUUUACUUCCAAACCUUACGCUUACGACAAAAUAUAACAAACAUCUGAAUAUUAACAAAACUGCUAAUAUUUUUCACAACACUGUAAGUCCGUAUAAAGAAAAACCUAUAAUGAUCAAUAAUAAUGAUGUUAUUACUGUUUUGGCGAAUGCCAUAAAAAAUAGUUCCAACGAAAUAAAUAUUAAUUCCUCUAAUAACUCAUCUAUAAUUAUUGACAUUCCAAAAAUAAAUAAUAGCAACCGUGCUCAAUACCAGGAGGGUGAAAUACCCGUCAUAAGAAUAUUAAGUCAUGAAUUUCCAAAUGAUACUGUUAUCAGUGUAAUUAAUGGUACUGAAAUUUUACCAAAUAAAGAUUUUAUAACAUAUGAAAACAAUAUGCGAAAAUCAGAUCAAAAUGGAACCAAAAAAAUAUCUCAUAACAUUAAUAGCUUGUCACUUCUACAGACGAAGAAUGAAGAAAGGACCUCAAACUAUCUUUUAGAUGAUAAGUUGAUACCAUUUAAUGGAAGUAUUGUAGGUAGACUGUACUUUAUUACUGACCAUAAAACAAUACCUGCAUUAUUUGUACAAAAAACUAAUGGAGACGUACAUUUAGGCUUAAAUAUAUCAAAUAUUUGUAAAAAAACUAAUUGUUCAAAGUUAUAAAAAAAAUUGCUGCUCUAAAAAUUUCUUGUUAGUUGUUUUAGAAAUAUAUUUAUG